AUGGAUAAUUCUCCGAUCCCCAACAACGAGAACCCUAAUUCCGUCAUCUUCAAGCAUAGCCACGCCGAUUUGAUUAUAUCGUUGCUUCUCUCGUUACCGGCGAAAUCAAGACCGAUUAGCUCGAAAGAACAUAUAAAAUCUUUGGCUGAUCGCUUUAUGAAAGCUGGAGCAGAGGAUAUGUGGAACGAAGACGAUGGUCCGGUUAAGAAACCGGUUUACUGGUCAGGUUCGAAUUCGAUUGAUUCUUGUUCUUCUAAUUUUGCUGGUAAGAAGGAGAAAGUGAAGAGAUAA